CUCCAUCUUAAACAAGAAGAAACUUGUCCAGACUGAUUUAUGAAUUUGCCCAAGCUAACCUGACUAGGAGAAUAGAUCUUGUUCCUCUUCUUUGUAUUAUCGUCUUCAUAACUACAAAUCAUGGGGGAUAAAGAUAAAACAAUUGAAUGUCAAGAUUCAGAACCAUCCACAGGGAUGAAUCAUACAACCUCUGUGUAUCAAGAAACACAGGAAGAGACRGUCAUGAACCUUAAAGGUACAGAUGGAAAUGAACCAACAGAAGGAAGCAACCUGUUACACAGCAGUGAAAAAAAGCUACAAGAAAUACCAACUGAAUCAAGUGGUUUGCAGAGGCUGAGACAGAUAUUGGCUUGCCCUCCACAUGGUUUACUGGACAGAAUCAUAACAAACGUUACCAUGGUUGUUCUUCUGUGGGCUGCAGUUUGGUCAGUUACUGGCAAUGAAUGUCUUCCUGGAGGAAAUUUAUUUGGAAUUAUAAUCCUAUUCUAUUCUACCAUCAUUGGAGGUAAACUUUUUGGGCUCAUUAAGUUACCAACACUGCCUCCUCUUCCUCCUCUUCUUGGCAUGCUGCUUGCUGGAUUUCUCCUCAGAAAUAUUCCAGUCAUCAGUGAUAAUGUACAGAUCAAGCACAAGUGGUCCUCCUCUCUGAGAAGCAUAGCCCUGUCUAUUAUACUGGUUCGUGCUGGCCUUGGUCUAGAUUCAAAGGCACUGAAGAAGUUGAAGGGUGUGUGUGUACGACUGUCCAUGGGUCCCUGUCUCGUGGAGGCAUGCACAUCUGCUCUUCUUGCCCACUUCCUAAUGGGUUUACCAUGGCAGUGGGGAUUUAUACUGGGUUUUGUCCUAGGAGCCGUGUCUCCAGCUGUUGUGGUGCCAUCCAUGCUCCUUUUGCAGGCAGGAGGCUAUGGUGUUGAGAAGGGGGUCCCAACCCUACUCAUGGCUGCUGGCAGCUUCGAUGACAUUCUGGCCAUCACCGGCUUCAACACAUGCUUGGGCAUGGCCUUUUCCACAGGCUCCACAGUUUUUAAUGUCCUCAGAGGUGUCUUGGAGGUGGUAAUUGGUGUGGCAACUGGAUCUCUUCUUGGAUUUUUUAAUCAGUAUUUUCCAAGCUGUGACCAGGACAAGCUUGUGUGGAAGAGGGCAUUCCUGGUUUUGGGGUUCUCUGUGYUAGCUGUGUUCAGCAGUGUGCACUUUGGAUUUCCUGGAUCAGGAGGACUGUGCACAUUGGUCAUGGCUUUCCUUGCAGGCAUGGGAUGGAGCAACAAAAAGGCAGAGGUUGAAAAGAUAAUUGCAGUUGCCUGGGACAUUUUUCAGCCACUUCUUUUUGGACUGAUUGGAGCAGAGGUAUCUAUUGUAUCUCUCAGACCAGAAACUGUUGGCCUUUGUGUUGCCACCUUGGGCAUUGCAGUAUUGAUACGAAUUUUGACUACAUUUCUGAUGGUGUGUUUUGCUGGUUUUAACAUAAAGGAAAAGAUAUUUAUUUCUUUUGCAUGGCUUCCGAAGGCCACAGUCCAGGCUGCAAUAGGAUCUGUGGCUUUGGACACAGCAAGAUCACAUGGAGAUAAAGAGUUGGAAGAAUAUGGAAUGGAUGUGUUGACAGUGGCGUUUUUGUCCAUCCUCAUCACAGCCCCAAUUGGAAGUCUGCUUAUUGGUUUGCUUGGUCCCAAGCUUCUCCAGAAAUUUGAACAGCAAAAUCAAGAUGAGGUUCAAGGAGAGACUUCUCAACCAGUUUAGAGACUCUGAAACUUCAUUCCUUCAACAGAUAACAGUUGUCCUGGACAUCAGUGGAAGUUAGGUUCAAGUUCCCCAUUAG